CUCGGCGCCCCCCCCCCGAAAUCCGUGUGGAACGACCGGAGCAUGCGCAGUCCGGCUGGGUGGGAGCGGCCGAAGGCUCGCGCAGGGACCGUUGGAAAAUUCAAACGGUCGGAGUCGGCAAACGGCGCUCGGUCGGAGUGACGGCUGGCCGCCUGCAACAACAAAACUCUUCAAAAUAACAGAGAAAAUGGCAGCUGCGCGACAGCCCAACGGCGAGGACGCUGGCCUGAACGGCUCCUGGGUGGAAUUGCAGUUGAAAAGCAAUGGGAAUGAUAAUGGCACCAGCCGCUCUGGAGGACUGGAGCAUGUGCCCUCAUCUUCCUCCAUUCAUAAUGGAGACAUGGAAAAAAUACUUCUGGAUGCUCAGCAUGAAUCGGGUCAGAGCAGUUCUCGAGGAAGCUCCCACUGUGAUAGCCAAUCCCGCCCCCAAACACCUCAGAUGGCUCAAGCAAUCUUCGAACUAGAGCUGCAGCGGAACAGAGACAGUAGCUCUCAGUCUGAAGAUGAUUGUUUGGAAAGAGACCAAGAAGUAGAAAUCAUGAUCAAAAGGAGCGCCGAAUGGAUAUCUGACUGGUCAAGUCGACCUGAAAACAUUCCACCAAAGGAGUUUCAUUUCAAACAUCCAAAACAUUCAGUUACUCUCAGUAUGAGAAAGACUGGAGCAAUGAAGAAAGGCGGUGUAUUUUCAGCUGAAUUUCUGAAGAUUUUCUUUCCAUCUUUGCUGCUAUCUCAUAUUUUGGCUCUUGGCCUCGGAAUCUACAUUGGAAAAAGGCUGACAACGUCUUCAUCAAGCACAUUCUGAGAUCCAGAAUCACAGUUAUACAUAACCUGUGAAAUUAUGUGGCUGCUCCAUUAGUACUUUAGAAUUGGAGGAAGAAGGAAACCCACUUCAAGCACAAAACAUCCUAUUCCAAUAUGUUUUCCCUUUGAAGAAAGUGCUUGGCCACCUGAGCACGGACUUGGCCGAACAUUGUUUGCCGUGAAUUUGGGACUACUUGAGCUCUGUGUACGAAGUGACAGCAGCCGAAUUUGUUUCAAUUAAUAGUUUGCUUCACCAGCAAACGCUCAUUCAAGGAGCAGUCCCACUAGUUGGAUCAAAUCGCAAAAUCUGUGCGGUUAACACAAAGUAUCGGUGGGGAUGGGUGGGAAUUCUUUUUUCAGCCUUAUUUAAUCAACAAAGCUGGAGAAGGAAUAGAGUCGAUUCACCAUCUCUUUGGCAAGAGAAAGUAUUUAAUCUGCUAUCAACAAAACUGAAAUAACAUGCUGUUUGGAACAGUGACAGGUGGAUUUGUUUUUAGAUUGUAACAAUAAACAUUAUUUGAUUGUUAAUCUUUUCUUAAAUUUGACGUUUCCCUCAACCCCGAUAAGAAAUUAGUUUGCAUACCAUCCUCUCAUGUUCACAUCCUCCAAGCCAGGAUGGUUGGCAUGUAGUUGGACUCUUCUCUGAGCAAAGUUCUCUUAGCUUCUCUGAGCAAAAUUGUUUCUUCUUGGUUUGUUUUUGGUGUUGAAUUGGAAGCCAGUGUUUGUGAUUCAUUGUUUGACCAUCCUUUACAUUUCCAAAGAUAGUGCUAAGAUUAUGUGCGACGUGCUUUUCAUGUCGCACAUAAACUUAGCAGCAAUCUUUUUGAUCCUAGUGUGUUGCUCUAAACUCCCAAGAAUGUUCAGAAUGUGCAGAAGUCAUCAUCUCAUUUCAGCUUCACCUUGUCUUGCUAAUAGGUGCUGUAGCUUUCUAACGAAGAGUAAGCUUAUUCAGCCCAGACUGUUAAUUGUAUGAAGAAUAAAGAUCUGAAUUUUCAGCCAUCCAAAAGGAAUUAUGCAGACCAGAGGAGAAUUUGCUGUUAACUCUGGAUCUCCUGAAAUGCAAUCAUGUUAGUCUGUCUAUCUUGGACGAGAUGUGGGAAGUAUCUCGUGAAACCAAUUUGCCAUCUUUGUUUUUGUUCCAGUCCUUUAAUAGGAAGGAGAUUGGUACAUUGAAAACACCAUUUCAGUAACCUUUUUAGGUUUCAGUUUGUUGCUUUUGGUGCAAUGCAGUUUGGAAAUUCUGUUAAGGGAAUGCUUAUUUGUGAACUGAAUGAAGUUUAAGAUAGCUUGGCUUUUUGUGUCUGGUAUCUGAGAUCAUGUUCAGUUUAUUUGAUGGGAUUAGUAGGUUAUGGUUAGAAGGACUUUUAAUGUGUAUGACAUGCAAUUGCCUGAAUGUCUUUACUCGAUUUACAGUCUUGCUCAGACCAUGUUGACGAAAACCAGGCAAAUAUCAGUGUGUGACUAGAGAGGCAUUAGAAGACUGAAAACAAUGGAGACCAAGCUCCACUGUGCGCCUGAAGCAAGGCUUGAUGCUCACAUGAUCGUGAAAAGUUUUCCAUCUCCCAGCUUGAAUAUAUCACUUUGGAAACUUUGCUCAUGAAGGCAUCAAAUGAAGCAAAGUAACAGCUUUGAGAUUGAGAUGUAGAAGUGAUGCUGUAUUGCACACGACAAAAUGUACUUGGGUGCAAUUUUGUCUUUCACGAAACUCUUGAAAUUGCUCCUGAUUUUGUACAGUUCCUGAUAACUAAAAGUUGAAACAGAAUUGCUUAAAGAUCAUUGAAAAAUGUACUCGACUGAAACUGUUUUUGAGGGGACAGAAUCUUCAUCAAUUUACCUGCUUGUAGCCAAGAAAAGAUUGUUGCAUAUGGAGCAUGUAUUCUUUUCUGGACCCAUCCGAGCUCUUCUGAUCACCCAGUUUACUCCCUUCACUUGAAGGGAAGCCAUGGGCAGUCCUAGAAAUAACUAUUCGUUUAACUUGUGGAAACGUGGCUUUAAAGUAUCAUGUUUUAGAAGGUCAAUCCAAUUGUCUCCCAAUUAAGAGUGGAUGUUGUUCCAUUUUUAACAUGAGUGCAACAAACCUCUUAAAACCUGAUCUGGAGAACAGCUGUUUGGACGGACCUGAAAAAUGAAAUGCACACUUCCACAAUUGUAUUCAGUGCACGCAGGCACCAAAUUUUAUGUAAAAACUAUCAAUUUAAAACUAUUUUUGUUAAUUUUGCAAUUGGGUCAGGAUUUGCAAGGUGCAUCUGUUCAAUGCAAUUGAGUCAAAAUGAUUAUGGUACUCUUGGUAUGCAAAUUUAUGUAAAAAGUAUUUCAUAACCAUUUUUGUUCCAUUAAACUCAUAAAUACAAGUCUGUAUUCUUUGCAAAUCUCUACCUCAAUCUCAAAUUUGUUGUCAUUUAAACAACUUAAUUCAUGCACCUAAAGCAGCAAAAUAUCAAGGGGGAAUUGAUGGCUGAAUGGUAUUAUUGAUAGACUAUUAAUCCAUGAUCCAGGUAAUGUUCUGGGGGCCCAAGUUCGAACACCUCAAAGCAGAAAGUGGGAAUUGAAUUCAAGCAAGAAAUCUUCUGUCUAAUGACCACAAAAACAUGUUGGAUUGUGAUUUGCGAAUGUGCCUUGGAGAAGGAAACAGCUGUUCUUUGCUUUUCUGGCCAAUGUGGAUCUUGGGACUUGGUUGAUUCUGAGAUGGGCAAUAAAAGCUUAAUUGGCCAGUGAUAUGCACAUCCUGUCAAUGAAUUUUUAAAAAAAAUGAUGGUGGAACUCCAGGCUUUUUUGAGCACAGAGUAGAAUUCUGAUUUGCUUGAAGGAAACUGCAUGAAGCCUUUUCAAGAUAAGUUUGUCUUCACUGUGCACUAAUUGAAUGGUUCCAAGAACUCUUUCAAGGGUAAAGAAAAAGCUUGAAACUUAUGAUUUAAAAAUGUUUUCUUUUUAUGCACGUUUAUGACUAGCAGUCUUUGCACAAAUAUGAGCCUCUACUGAGAAGUGGUAUGGUGACUUAAGACAGCUUGAUUGGUUUUUUGAAUGAUGCACCUUUCAGCCAGGAUUACUGAUAAACAUCACAUAUGGAUCCUUUGUCUUAUUGCUCCCCGUUUGAGGGUAUUGGUAAUGCUUCAGCUCAUAGUUUGCUGAUAUCAGCUGAGUUCAUUUAGACCACAGCAUUGAAACCUCCAUAUCACUCAACACUCUUGUGCUGUUUUUGCAAUUAGUCAUAUUCAUGUCUUAAGACUGGAUAACAAGUUGAAUGAUAUGUACUUUUUGAAGAUUCCUUGACAGUGCUGUAUUUGAGUAUUAGAAUUUGUGAUUAAUUUUUAAUAAUUUUCAUCUUUAAAGACAGAAUAUUCUUCAUAAUUAGAUAACCUAGUUAAAUCAAUGAAGCAGCAUUGGUGUGGUUAAGGUGGUCUGCUUGAAAUUCAUUGAUUUGUUUUCAACAUUCUUUUGCUGCUCAGAAUGAAACAAAAAUAUUGUCUCGGUUUAAACAAUGUUGAACAACAGAUGAUUUUCUUGUUGGCUGAAAAACUGUAGCAUAACAAAGUGUACAAAUGGAUUUCCAGGCCCUACUGCUUCGUACUGUACAUUGUGUCAUUAAAUCGGAAACAUGGAUUGAUAGACUAUUAAGUUUGUGCUGUGCUUUGUGUUAUCAAGUUCACAAAGUGAAUGCAGAAGGCACUGGAGUAGGAAAGCCAUGCAGACCAGCAAAGUUCCAGGUUCAAGAUCAAAUCUUUGGCAAGACAAGAACUGUUUGUAAUUAACCCCUGGUAUUGAAAAGGACCAAUAUACGUCUCAAACGCAUGAAAUGAGAAUUGUGUGCACAAGUUGUAUGUGUUGAAAUAAUGCUUGUUUUGGAAUUGGCUCAAGUUGCCAUUUAAACAUACAUGCAUAUUGCUGAAAAGUAAAAUCUUAGAACAAAGACUAUCCAAUCUAAAAUGACUUUUGGAAAACAAAUUGAAUUAAAGAAUGUAUGUGGUUUUAUGAAUUUGGGUCAAACAAUUGAAAAUGACGUUAGAAAGUCUGCAUUGAGCUCCUGACUUGAUUAUAUGAAGUCAGUUUUUGAGUAAGGUGAGUUUUUUAAAUGCCUUUGACUUAAUUUUAAUGUGUUUCAAUGUUUGCAAACAAUACUUGUUCUGAAAACUUUGCAUUUAAUUGGUUGCAAGCUGGGCCCAUGCAUGAUUUAUUUGAAACUAGUGUCUUGAUUGUAGAAACUGUGUUGAAGAUGAUUGUCUCGUAAAAUUCCUCCAUUGUCUUUGCUUUAGACAAUUUUCUUUGGCACUAUCAGGAUAUUCCUAUAUCCAAGCAGGAAGUCUGUUCUUUUAGUUCAGAGAGAGAUGGAAGGAAAAACUUUUGUAAGGAAGUAAACUUCCAGAUAAUAUUUCCUCCUUGAUGUUUAAGACUUUAACUGGGUUUUCAGAAAUUGGUAUCUUUAUGGUUUGAAGUCACUGUACAUUUGAAGUUAGAAUUGUGUUUUUUGCCAGUUUUUCUCGGUUGUUGUCAGCCAAAAUGGUGUAUGAUGUUGGAUAUUGCAAGAAUGGCCAUUGCAGACUGUUUAAUCAGAAGGGUAGUAAGGCCAGGCAAGUUGAAAGUUGUUCAGGAUGGUCUGUCAGAUCCUUGGGUUGAAAAAUAGAGGCAUUUAAUGUAAAAGCAAGGAAGUGAUGCUACGUGUCUACAAAUCAUUGGUUAGAGCGCAUUUCGAGUAUUGUGUUCAUAUCUGGGCACAUUAUUUAGACAAACAUGUUGAAGACUUGAGAGGGUUGCAAAGGAAAUGUAGUCGAAUGAUAACAUAGUGGGAUUUAGAUUCAAGGCAAGAUCAGAGAAAUUGGGCUUCCUCUCCUUGGAGAAGAAAAGAUGAAAAAGUAAUUAUUAGAAUUAUGUACAUUUCAGACGGUAAAGAACUGUUUCAGUUGGAGGUCACAAUUUCAAGGUUGUUGGCAAGCCAGCUGGAAGUGACAGGAUAAGAAACUUCAUUCAUCAGAGUUGUUAGGAUUUGGAAUUCACUACUUGCAGAAGUGGUUGAGAUUGUUUCUACAGGAGGUUUCAAAAAACCUGAAUAUAUAGAUGAAGGUGUUAAAUUUAGAGAGCUACACAGGUAGGACUGGAGUUGGGGUGAACUGGGUAGGUUUUUGGGAGUGGGUGCAGAUACGAUUGGCUGAAUGGCCGCCUCCUUUCCUGUAAAAUGCAAUAAUUCCACCAGAAAAAUUGAAAGCUUUUCACCUGUGCUGUAAAAUGUAGAAACAAUAGAAAUUUUAGGUCUUCUGUGAUGAGCACCUCCAUAUACCAAAUAAAGUAUACAAUAGUGAGAAUGUUUCCCUUUUGAAAUGUCCCAGGAAAUGGUCAGGUUGACCACAGUCAUAUGUUUGACCACAAACGUGAUUUUGUGCAAUUGAAACAGUUGAAGUACAAUCACCAGUAGAGGUCACUGCAGAGUUGAGGCUGUGAAAACAUCAAGUUUCUCUCUCUGCUUCUAAGACUGGCUAAUGUGGUUCAGUGGAUUUUAACUAUCCUGAAUCCUGGCAGUUGCUCAGAGUGGCUGGUGACAGAAUCCUUUCUCCUCUGAAAUAUAUAGUCACUAAGUAUGAUUUCUGUCUUGAUUUGUGAUAUCCUUGUUACAAGUAAUGAAUGGUGACUUAAAUAUUUGAAAAUAAAAUAUUUCUGCAGCUCUU